GGGGGACGGGUAGGGGCGGGGCGGGAGGCGGAGGUGCCGCGUAGGCCCAGGAGGCCGGCCCGCCGGGCUGGGAGCUCGAGCCCCAUGCGCGGCCGCCUCCCCCCACGAUGUUCCCCUCCCGGAGGAAAGCGGCGCAGCUGCCCUGGGAGGACGGCAGGUCCAGGCUUCUUCCCAGCAGCCUUCCCCGGAAAUGCUCCGUCUUCCACCUCUUCGUUGCCUGUCUCUUACUGGGCUUCCUCUCCCUGCUCUGGCUGCAGCUCAGCUGCUCUGGUGACAUGGCCUGGGCAGCCAAGGGACAAGGGCAGGAAACCCCAGGUCCACCCCGGGCCUGUCCCCCAGAGCCGCCCCCUGAGCACUGGGAAGAAGAUCCGUCAUGGGGCCCCCACCGCCUGGCAGUGCUGGUGCCCUUCCGAGAACGCUUUGAGGAGCUCCUGGUCUUUGUGCCCCACAUGCAUCGCUUCCUGAUCAGGAAGAAGAUCCCACACCACAUCUACGUGCUCAACCAGGUGGAUCAUUUCAGGUUCAACCGGGCGGCACUCAUCAAUGUGGGCUUCCUGGAGAGCAGCAACAGCACAGACUACAUCGCCAUGCACGACGUGGACCUGCUCCCUCUCAACGAGGAGCUGGACUAUGGCUUCCCUGAGGCAGGGCCCUUCCAUGUGGCCUCCCCAGAGCUCCACCCGCUCUACCACUACAAGACCUAUGUCGGCGGCAUCCUGCUGCUCUCCAAGCAGCACUACCAGCUGUGCAACGGGAUGUCCAACCGCUUCUGGGGCUGGGGCCGUGAGGACGAUGAAUUCUACCGGCGCAUCAAAGGAGCUGGGCUCCAGCUAUUCCGCCCCUCGGGAAUCACAACUGGAUACAAGACAUUUCGCCACCUGCAUGACCCAGCCUGGCGGAAGAGGGACCAGAAGCGCAUUGCAGCUCAAAAACAGGAACAAUUCAAGGUGGACCGGGAGGGAGGUCUGAACACUGUGAAGUACCGUGUGGAUGCUCGUACAGCCCUGUCUGUGGGUGGGGCCCCGUGCACUGUUCUCAACAUCAUGUUGGACUGUGACAAGGCUGCUACCCCCUGGUGCACAUUUGGCUGAGUUGGCUGGACAGUAAGGAGGCUUGUACCUACAGGCCACACUGCUAUUCAGGCGCUGGACAAAGCCUCAGGCCCUGGGCCCAGCUCCAGUAGGAUGUGGAGUGGUCUGCAGGCUACGUGUUUGCAGCAGCCUGGCCCCCAGAGGCAGGCUUGAGCCAGGACAAGACACACAGGGUGCCUGGGAUGCUGCUAGCAAUAAACAGUGAUGGAGAGAGGCUGGGAUGUGGCUCCCAACCGGGACUCUCCACCCUGCCUCUGCUUGCCCUGCUCUGCCCCCCUUUGCAUGCUGAGACCUGAGGGCUUUUGUUCCUUCCUCCAGGACCGCCUCAUGCAGAGAUAUGGUUUAGAGGCCAGGCUGCUGAUUUGAGUGGCCAGGGCCAUUGGGAGGCUUAAAGUACAGAAACCAGAGAGCAAGCCCCACAGAAAGGGGACAACUGAGAGCAGCUCUAGCUGGUUGCCACCGUGUAGGAAUGUGGGCCUGUGUUGUCAGAUCUUCUGAUUUUUCAAAAGAAACUAGAAGUCUGGAUUCUUAAGUGAAAUUGGUUAAUUAUUAAAUGAUAGCAACUAAUUGAAACUUUUAAAAAGUAUGGCAGUCCAAACAAAAUGUGUUGUGAACCACCAGUUUGUCACUGUGGCUGAAGGGAAGGGGUAGGACAAAAGAUGACAUCUCUCUUUGUAAUAAGCUGGCAAGGAGCUGGGUUAGGGCUGGGGAUGGCAAGACCAGGGGAAGCUCAGGUGGGAGAGAAGCCAAAGACACAAGGUUCCUGCUGCCGCCCACAGCCCCUAGGCCUUGUUGUUUCGGGGCAGUGGGACCACCGCCAGGCUCUAGUGAGCUCUGACUCUGGGAAGGGGACUUCGCCUGCCUCACUAAGGUGGACCGAUCCAGAGGACUGGACUCAGGGCAGGCAGGAUGUGUCGGCAGUGGCUCAGUCAUGGCUUAAGGGAGUGAGGGCCGUGUUUCUGAUGCCAGAGGAAGAAGAUGAGAAGUGGGAGAAUCCCUGGGGUGUUCCCACAGCACAAGCGAUCACCCAAUGCCAAGGAGAGGUGAGGGAGGGGAGCUGAGGGGACUAUGGAAUUGGGGAGUGAUCUUGGAGGGAAGCCUGGGGCCAAUGAGAGUGCGAGGCCACGGGUCCUGCAAAGUAGAUCACUUCUUUAAGGCAUUUGACUGCCAAAGAUUGGCGGCAGAAGUCCGAGGGGACUGGGACAGUUAGGCUAGUUUAACAAGUAGGACACCUGGAAUGCUGGAGGAAGAGCUUGAGGUCCUACAGUUCAGGAGGGUGGAUUCAAUAGCUCUGCUCCAAAAAGACUCCUCUGAGCUGCUGUGUGCAGUUGUGUGGGUUGUGCACUGUACCCUAAGCAUAAGCCAAGAGACUUGAGCAAAGAUGAGCAGAGUGAAGCUUCAGGCUCCAUAUAACUGUUCACAUGUUUAACAGAGGGUCUUUGUGAUCCUAAAUUGGUCUUACCCAGUGAUUCAGCCCCACAGUGAGGGGCACCCAGGCUGCAAUUACAGUGCAAGGGUGGUGAGCAGGACUUACUCAACUUGAGGUCCAGGAGAGGGGAAUAGUGUGUUUUCUGUAUGCCAGUCUCCCGGGCAACCCUGGCUAAAUCAUCCUGGACUUAAGUAAUGUGGAGGCAAAACUCCAGCCUCUUGGAGCUGGUGGGAAUGGAUGUGGUAUCAUAGCCCUCAGCUCUGUACUCAUCUGGCACAUAGCAAGACCUCACAAAAUGUGGGUGUUCCUUUAUACCUGCACCAAGGAUGUAGAAUGAGCAGAAGAAAAGCAGGAUCAGCUCACUCAGCCUGGGCUGGGGCACAACUCCGACCUGGGGCCCCACACUCCGCUAUGGCUGCUGCUGCCACCUCCAGGAGAGUGGGAGAGAGCUGAGCAAUGUUUUGCAGGGGGAAGAAGCAGGCAGCUCUACUGCUUCCUCAGUGCCUUGAUUGCCUCCUCUGUGGAGUGGAGCUAACAUCCCUGUCUCGCUGGCCAGAUGUGGAUGAAAUGAAUCCAGGAUGAACUGGCACCUGCUGAGCAUUCACCGAGUACAACAUGCUAGGUCUUAUUGAUUAAUCGGUCUUGUAGCUGAGGAUGGUGGAGCACAGAGAGCUAAGUAGCUUGCCCAAGGUAAAAGAGUUGGCACCUAGUGGAACUUGGCCUUAGGGCAGAUUCCUUCACUCCUGACCUUCACAGCUGGUCCCAUGCACAGAUGUUCCUUAUCCUCCAGACUGUUCCUCCUCUCUCUAGCUGGAGAGGGCUCCUGGGGAGGGCUAGCCAACAUGGUUUGAUGUCCCUCCCACCUCUGAGAGGAAACUAGGGCCAUGGGUGAGAUACAAAGUGUCUGCCCCAUGCUUCCUCUGCUGGAUUAAGAUGGGGAUUUGGCUGCUGGGUAGGUCCCUUGGAGCAUCAGUCGGACCAAGAGCGUGGCACUGUACCUGAGGAAUGUACAAGGUGCUUGGGAAAGGUCUCCAGGAGGCGUAGGCUUGCUGGUAGAGUCAGUUUGCUGUCAGAUGGGAAGAGUUCUGGAGGGAUCAGCAUGUGCAAGGUAGAGAGAUGAAGAGAGCAUGUUAUGUUCAGGGAUCUGGAAGGAGCUCUGGGUGUCCCUGGUUUGCCAAUACAGUGCAGGAGUGUGUGUGUGUGUGUGUGUGUGUGUGUGUGGUGGGGAGGUGGUGACAGCAAAGGGAAGGUUGGGUGGACCAUGAGGAUCUGUGUAUGCCACAUUGAGCAACCUAUACUGUAUUCUCUGGGUUCAGUGUUUUCAAGCACGGGGAAAUUUUUGAGCAAGGAGAGACCUUUCUGAACCCACAACUUUAAUGUAUUGAGACAACACUCUAAUCAACUGAGCUAUCCUGCCAGGACACCACUGUCAAUUUCUUAGUUUUGACCAAUGCACUAUGGUUAGGUAAGAUAUUAACCAUAGGGGAAGCCAGGUAAAGACUAUACAGGAAUUUUCUGUAAUAUCUUCAUAAUUUUUCUGUAGAUCUCAAAUAUUCCCAAAGGAAAAACAAUUUUUUAAGAUAAGUUAUAUAUGAGCAGCAUAGCAAUUGCUCAGCUGAUGAUAGAAUCUUGCUGUUCCCUUCAGGCUGACAGUUGAGAAUUUCCUCUGCUACUGCAUCUGUCUGAGCUAUGCCCCCUCACCCACAAGUAAGGUUAAGUUGAGGACUCCUCAGGCUAUGAUAUUGGACCAGAAAGAAGUAAAUGGAAAAGGUAACUAUUUGUUGUCUGAUAGUGCAGCACCGAGUAUUUCCUUCCCAAGGAAAGGAUGUAGAAGAUAUUUUUCCUUAAUGAUUACCCCCAGUGUCCCCUUGUCCGCUCCUUCAUAGAGGCCUUCCUAACUACCCAUUCUUAAGAGUUCACACACAAACUCACACAUACAUCAUCCCUUUUUAUUGCUCUCACGGCUAUCAUCAUUAACUGAAAUCUUAUUUAUUUUCUCUCCCCUGUUCCUUCAUCUCACUAGAACUUCAGCCCCCUGAUCUCAGGACCUGUGUAUCUUGUUCAUUGCUAUGUCCUCAGUACCUAGCACUGGGCCUGCUGCCUCAUAGGCACUCAGUUUUAAUGGAAUUGAUUGAAUUGAAAUUCCCAGGUGACAGGUUGCAGCCCACAGCACCAGCUGCUGUUGCCCAGGCCUUCUCUGCCCUAAGGCUGAUGUUUUGCUCUCCUGGCCUGUCCUGAAGACCUGGGCCACCUCUUCCCCACACCUGACUUCAUCUUCUUUGUUCACUUGCCCUUUCCAUCUUGUUUACCUGUCUGCCAGCAGCUGCUACACUACCUGCCAGCUUUAAUUCUGCUUCAUUUAAGCUCAUUUGCACCAAUUUCCUUUUUUAGAACAAUCCACGCAGUCCCCUGAAGAGCAGCACAUGCUGUGGGCGGCCCUGCUUCCCUUUUCCUAAUGAGCACAGAGCAGCAGUUUCCUUCCCUCUGAGCACUCGCUGAAAGCCCUUUGCCAGACAGGAGAGGCCUAGACUCAGAUGCUCAUUUCCUGUGGACCUGAAGCCAGGGGCACACGCUGUGGAAAUUCUGAAUUUUAAGGGGAUGGAAAGUCCAGAGUGCUUUGGGGGCUGACCUGCUUCCUGAGGUGACUUUUCCUCCCUCACAGCUGUAGGACCCACCCCACAUCCUCAUCACUGGGCCUUUAGGCCUCGCGUUCCUGGGGGCUACAACUCAGGAGCGAGUCUGUUCUGCUCCCUAGAAAUUGGAGUGAGAAAGAGGUUCAGGAGCAGUGGCCCCACCCCAGGGAAUGUUCUCUCUCACCCUUAGCGCUGGCAACACCAGAGGCUGCAGAACUGCCCUUUCCGUGCAGUGGCCUAGAAUCUCAGCCCAGAAUGGGAAAACACAGACUUCCCAGCACAUUGUCACAUCCACCUCUCACUUGCUGCUGCAGAAGGCUCAGCAUAAAA